AUGAAGUUCAACCUCCUCUCAUCCAGAUCAUCCACUGGCAGAUCAUCCACCUAUGCAAAUAGCAUCUCAUCGCAGGCACCACUCAACCCAUCCGAGUCCGUCACGAAUCAACCUGCCAGUGCCAAGAAUUACGAAGCCGCAUUCGGUCAACUAGUUUCCCAAUACGGACUCUCCAGGAUGCCUGUCGUCCCUUCAAAGAAGUCAUUAUCCCCGUCUGUGAACAAGGAAUCAUCGAGAGUCCAGCACCCUGGAACUCCUUCACCACAAGCGAAGAACUGGGAGAAUGCAUUCGGGCAGCUGAGCGCCAGCCAUGGAUUUGGCGGCUUCGUCCGCAGUUUGCCUGGGAAGCGGUAG